AUGGAGGUCAAACUGACUCUGCCUAAGAAACGAGGACUCGGCGAUGGCUCGCAUACCCUGAAGAGGCCUUUCAAGUCACCCCUCCGCAAAGGACCCGAUGCAGAACCUGUUGUCUUCUCGCAGUCUGUAUCAACCGAUUCUUCCAAUCAAAGGUUAUUCGUCAAUAGCACCAUAAAAUGGAAGCCCUCACCUGGUACCCAAACUCCUCUCGCCGGACAGAAUCCUUUUCAGGACGCACAUAUCUCAUCAGCUACGACUCCCAAAGCCCGCAUUUCCACCCUCCAAAGAGAGAUGAGUAGUUUACAGCUCCGCCUGGCUCGCCAACUCGAAGAAAUAGAUAUCCUCGAACAGGCAAUAAACAUCCUGGAGAAAGGAAAGCUAGGCGAGCUCGAGAUACUUAAACAGAAAUGGCGAAGCGUAAGCCGGGACGCAGCCGAGGACCUGUUUGUCAGUGCAAAGGACAAAGUGAACCGUAUGGGCGGGGUGAGAGUAUACAACGAGAAGAUCCGAAAGAGAAAGAUGAGACAGCAGGAGUGGGGAGGGUGGGACGACAAGCAGGAUGAUAAUGACGACGAAGACGAAGAUCUUGGAAGUGAUAUUGAGAGAGAGAAGGAGAGGAGGAAGGAGAAGGACGAAGCCGAGCUAGAGGAUGAGGAAGAGAGCGAGAAUGACGAUGAGACUUUUACCAUUGACAUGAUGCUUAAAGGCCUGAAUGUCGAUCUCAAAGUCAUUGGCUUUGAUAAGGCUAGCCAGAGAUGGAUCGAUUGA